UAAGGUAUGUUUCGAUAAUAGGCAGCGCUGUCUUUUCCCCUUCAGACAAGCGAUGACGAAGGGAACAUCAAGCUACGGAAAGAGACAUAAUAAGUCUCACACCUUGUGCCGAAGAUGUGGUAGGUCGUCCUACCACAUCCAGAAGCACAAGUGCUCCCAGUGUGGCUACCCUGCUGCUAAGAUGCGGUCAUACAACUGGAGCGUGAAGGCCAAGAGGAGGAAGACCACUGGAACUGGCCGCAUGCGUCAUCUGAAGGUUGUCCGCAAGCGAUUCAGGUUCGGCUUCCGCGAGGGCACCCAGCCCAAGCGUCAGGUGAAGGCUGCCGCCGCCGCUAAGUAAAUGUUCACUUCGAUCAGUCAAUAAACAACAAAUCGCC